AUCUAAGUGUAGGUUCUUCCACGUAUGCAUCAUUAUUUAUUGAAGUUACGAUAUUCUUGAGUAAAAAGAAAUCGCGUGGAACAGAUCGAACCAGAGCAAGGACUUGACAAUGACGGAGCACGAGCAAAAUGCGAUGUUCGUGCGUCUUAUGUCGGCAUUUUUUUACGGACUGUCGUCGUUUAUGAUAACGGUCGUCAACAAAACCGUGCUCACGUCGUUUGCCUUCCCGUCCUUCCAAGUCUUGGGAAUCGGCCAAAUGCUGGCGACGAUAUUGGUGUUGUUCGUCGCCAAGAAACUACGUUACGUCGAGUAUCCUAAUUUGGAGGUGACGACAUUUACCAAGAUGUGGCCGUUACCGUUGAUAUACAUCGGCAACAUGAUAUUCGGAUUAGGUGGCACGAAACAGCUGAGCUUACCGAUGUUUACCGCCCUGAGGAGAUUCAGUAUCCUCAUGACGAUGAUCGCCGAAUACUAUAUCCUCGGCAUUAAAGCACGCAUGUCUGUGCAAUUGAGCGUUUACACCAUGAUUCUGGGUGCAGUGGUGGCUGCGCUGAAUGAUCUUGCUUUCAAUCUUGAAGGCUAUAUCUUUAUCUUGUUAAACGAUCUUUUUACUGCCGCUAAUGGUGUUUACAUGAAGAAAAAGUUAGACUCUAAGGAAUUAGGAAAAUAUGGACUGAUGUACUAUAAUUCUCUGUUCAUGUUGGGUCCAACGAUCCUGUUGGCCUGGUGGAUGGGUGAUAUAACCUUAGCAUUAGAAUUUCCCGAUUGGUCGAAUCUGUUAUUUAUUUUGCAAUUUAUAUUAUCAUGCAUAAUGGGCUUUGUAUUGUUGUAUAGCAUGCUCCUCUGUACACUGUACAACUCUGCAUUGACCACUACUAUAAUUGGAUGCUUGAAGAAUAUAUGUGUGACAUAUCUCGGUAUGGUCAUUGGUGGAGAUUAUAUAUUUUCAUGGCUCAAUUUUGUAGGUUUGAAUUUAAGUGUGAUAGGUAGUUUAGUAUAUACUUGGGUAACAUUUCGUAAGAGAGAAACUCUGCAGCCAAAAUAUACUUUGUUGACUGAAUCUCAGACUAGUAAAAUACAAGCUGUAUGAUUGUAAAUAUUCAUAUUGUACAUACUUAACAUGUAUCUUUUUGUAUAAUAUAAAGAAAUUAUUAUUAUCUUCAAGAAGCAUGUAACACAGCUGGUGAUCUUUAUUUAGAUACAAGAAAAAUGAGUAAUAUAUGCAUUUCUUCAUUCUAAGCAAAGAUCAAGAUGAUGACCAAUAUAUUAUUAGCCAUAAUUUUAUAAAUAUCUCUGUUCCUUGUAUGUGUGUGUUAUGUAUGUCACAAAGCGCUUUUUAACUUUGGGUAAAGUUACGGAGCGACAUGAAAUAUCGUGUAUAUACGUGAAAUCGCUAAUCACCUGACUGUAAUAUGUACCAAAGUAAAAAAGUAUUGUUACCAGAUAAGUAUUACGCUAACAUUAGGAAAAUGUUCAGGUCAAUUGAGGUAUAGCAUCGCCAUAAAGUUAGUUGUAAUCUGUAUAAUCUGUACAUAUAACAUUAUUCUAAUGGAAAUAAAUUUUACCUAUUAACUAGA